AUGCGCUUGACUGUCGUAUUGGCGUGGUGUCAAUUAACUAUCGUGUGUCUGUCCAUCAUUCGGACACUGUAUCUUCACCCACUCCACAACUUGCUCGGGCCCAAGACAUGGAUAGCAUUCCCCAUCCUCCGCUAUAUAUCUUCAGUGAGAGGGAGACUUGAGAUUGAUAUGCGGACCUUCCACGGUAAAUACGGAGAAGCAGUCCGCUUCGGGCCUGAUCAGGUCUCCUUCAUAACAGCCCAAGCGUGGAAGGAUAUAUACAGGCACGGCCACGGCGACGAGCAACUCCCCAAGGUUCUACACUCAACAAGCAACCCAUCGGACAUAAUAAGCGCCAGAAAUGCCGACCACAGCCGCUUCCGACGGGCCCUCUCACACGCCUUCUCCGCUAGAGGUCUGCAAGCCCAGGAGCCCAUCCUGCGCGGCUAUGUAGACAAACUCAUCCAGCGACUAGACGAGAUCGCUGCGUCGCCCACCCCAGUAACGAACAUGGUCAAGUGGUACAACCUUACGGGCUUUGAUUUAAUCGGCGACCUGGCGUUCGGAGAAUCGUUCGGUGGCCUGGACUCGGGGGAAUACCAUCACUGGGUCGCUACGAUCUUCAAAGCCAUGCAGGGCAUGGCCUUUGUCAAGCUGCGCGAUGCAUACCCUCUCCUAUUCCGGAUCUUAUCGCCAUGGCUUGCCUCAGAGUCACUGAUGGAGGCCCGCGAACGACAAAUCGAAUACAGCACUCUGACGGUCCGAAAACGCCUCCAAAACAGCCUUAACCGUGGCCCAGCAGACUUCAUGGAUAGCAUGCUCCGUCACCAUGGCGACAAGGAAAAGGGGAUGACUGACAAGGAAAUCGAAGCCAAUGCCAAUAUACUCAUUAUUGCCGGUAGUGAAACAACAGCAACACUGCUGUCGGGCGUCACCUACUGGCUGCUUAGAACGCCCGAUGCGCUACGCAAAGUGACUGACGAGAUCCGCUCAUCCAUCAAGUCUGAUACAGAUAUCACUUUCCGGACUACCUCUCACUUGCCGUAUAUGCUCGCUUGCCUGACCGAGGCCCUGCGGAUUUAUCCUCCUGUGCCUGGGGGACUCGAGAGGUCAACGCUGCCCCCAAAUCCAGUGAAUAUCUCUGGGUACAUGAUUCCACCAGGAACAAAAGUAUCCGUCCACCAACUUUCCGCAUACCGCUCGCCGUUAAACUUCCACCGCGCCUCUGAAUUCCUGCCUGAACGGUGGCUCCCAUGCGCUAAGGAAGAUCCCUCAUCGCCAUUUUACCAUGACAACCGUGAUGUGCUGCAGCCGUUCUCGGUAGGUCCGCGCAAUUGCAUCGGGCGCAACCUGGCGAAUGCUGAGAUGCGCAUGAUUCUGGCGCGCGUGUUGUGGAAUUUUGAUUUGAAGCUUUGCCCGGAGAGUACUUCUGGGUGGGAGGAGCAGAGGUCUUUCAUGUUGUGGGAGAAGAAGCCGUUGAUGUGUUUUGUUAAGAGGAGAGAGGGCUUAGAGUAG